CAAUGCAUCACAUGGUUCCCACUGUACGUACAGACAGAUUUUGACAUGUUUAUUCCUCUGCAGCAGCUUACAGAGUAGAUUCCCUCUGACGUCUCAUCUGCUGGCAAGUGUUCAGAAAUGUGCUUGUGAAUUUCAGAGCCCACAGAUCACUUUGCAGAAGAGGACUACGACGCAGCAAACAUGAAGAAGAAGAGUGGAGGUUUCCUCGUGUGGAAGGUGCUUCUGUUUGGGAUUUGUGUGCUGCUGCUCCUGUGCUCAGCAUGUUUGGUGUUUCUGCUGGUUCGACAGAAAGAGCUGACAGAGGAGCUGGUCAGGUUGGACGCACAGAUGCAGGUGCUGUGGCAGAGCUGCGGGGUAAAGGUGGGAAUCAAGCCCACCGAGCCUGUAGUGGAUGGAGGGCUGACGGAGCUCCACCGCAGCAGGAGAAACCUGGAAGGGGAAGUGACACAAAGCCAAGAAGAAAAGGAUAUGCUGAUGCUGAUGACCUACUCCAUGGUUCCUAUCAAAACCUUCAUGAAUCUGUGUAACAUCCGAGGAAUUUGUUUAACAGGCCCACCUGGCCCACCAGGUUUGCGUGGUAGACCUGGUUCACCAGGACCUCAGGGUGUGCCAGGGACUGAGGGGAGGCGAGGAAAAAGAGGACCUCCAGGUGAAAAAGGAGAACCAGGACCUAAAGGAGACCCUGGUCCUCCUCGACUGAAAGGCGAGACCUAUAAUGACAUUUUCAUUGAAGGUCCACCUGGUCCGAGGGGUCCACCAGGUCCGCCUGGUCCACCCUGUCCUGCUCAUUAUUGUCAUGAAGCAAGAAACAAGAUCUUCAGAGAACACAUCCAUCAAACCAACACGACAUUGGAUUCCUCUCCUCUUCUGAGCACAGAGGCCUUCAACGACACUGAGGCAGAAAACACCAGCAGCUGGACAGCUGUUAAGCCUGGAACACAAAGACCAUUUCCAACCGCAGACAAAGUGAAUCGUUUGGAUGUGACUGAUUCAAACAAACUUCUGGAAACCACUAUGGAAGCUGUGUCAGAUCACCCAGAGAGUGGCAACGACACCUUGAAUCAAUCACACAGAAAAUGUUACAGAGACACCGAUGACAUUAAGAGCCCUGCUUCCUCCAGACCGGACUACAUUGGGACAGUUCAUCAAGAGUACAACCACAACAACUUGACUCACUCCAACACAGAAAAUGUCACAGAGACACCAGUGACAUUAACAGCUCUACUACCUCCAGACAUAACUGAAAAGAGUGACCCCUUCAGUGGCAGCGGGAAUUUUAAUGAUACACCCAUAAGAAGUGGUUUUCGGGUAGAGAUGACCUCUAGUGAUGACACCUGGAACGACACCAUAAGAGAUAAAACAACACCAGCACCAAGUACAAUAUUAACAGCCUCACUUUCUGUUGUUGACCUGGCUAAAAAGAAGGAUGCCUUCAAGAACAGUGGGAUACCUAACAACACAGCCGUUGAAAGUGAUUCAUUAUUUCAAAUUCAGACCAACAACAAAAUCAACAAGACGACCAAUGAGAGAUGGGCAAAAGCUGAGUGCAGCAUUAAAACUAUUAGAUGUUCGGAGAGAGCCACUGAGAUGCAGAGCACUUUUGGAGCCUGGAUGUCCGAUGUGUCUGAGCCGGAUGGAAGUCGAUACUGGCUGGCCGAACAUUUUUCAGGUCGACUUUUGACGGAGCACAGGGAUGUUUCCACUUUUCAGAGCAAAGGCGACAGAACUAUAGACAUGAAGAUGUUCUACCAGGGCUGUGGUCAUGUUAUUUAUAAGAAGUCAUUGUACUUUCAAAACGCAGGAACAAACAGACUAAUAAAAUUUGACCUGAACAGCAGGAGGACCAACACUCUGAUCAUGGCAAACAGCAGAUAUAACAACCUGACCUAUCUUUUCCGCAACUCUAAGACAUACUUCAAGUUUGCUGUGGAUGAAAAUGGUCUGUGGGUGAUUUUUGCAUCAGAUACAGAUGAUAACAUAAUGGUUGUAAAGCUUAACUCUGACACAUUCUCUGUAGAGUCCAUCAUUAACACUCACUACCCCACAGCUAAAGCAGGAAAUGCUUUCAUUGUAUGUGGUGUGUUGUAUUUUACAGAUGUUAGAGACAGGAGAGUUACAUAUGCCUUUGAUUUAAAUAAAGAGAGUCCUCAAGAUGCAAGUUUUGAUCUGAAGUCUGCUGACGGCAUCUUAGCUAUGCUGUCAUAUUAUCCCAACCAAAAGCUUUUGUACAUGUGGGACAACCGCAGCCUGAAAACAUGCAAAGUUAAACUCAAAUUCACGAAGCAAUAACCUCAGGUUUUGUAAAAUGAGCAAUAAAAUAUUUUUAUAAUCUC